AUGUCCGCCCCCAACGCCGGCCGCCAGUCCCCUCCCCCCGAGCGCCAAACUGGCGCCCAGCAACAGGACCCCGUUGCUUCAGGACACACCCAGCAUGGCAUCCAUGGUGAUUCCAAGGGAGCCUCCGAGGACACUAAGUUCCAUGGACUCAGUAGUAACCCGAAACAUCCUUUGGAGGAUAUUGAGGCGAAGAAGUUUGCGAAGGGGCCGGGGAAUUAA